AAAAUUGAGAUGAACGGUCCAAAAUAUUUCUUCCGUUAUUGCUGAGUGAGGGCAAGAACUUUUGGAGAGUGUGCAUCUGAAUAUGGAGAAUAGUGAAGUGUUGAAAGCAACAGAGACACAAAAGCUAAUCAAUCGUCGUGGUAACCUAGUCACUGCUUCCAGCGAUGAAAACCUCAAAGAUAUUUUUCACCAUAUCAGAACUUCCAAAUCCGCAGCGGUGAUCAAUUUUGGUGCAUCCUGGUGCCAUGCUUGUGGACAGAUCCUGCCUUCCUUUAACAAGUUAAGCAAUAAGUUCCCAAAACUCUCUUUCAUAUAUGCAGAUAUAGAUGAAUGCCCAGAAACAACUCAGCAUAUCCGAUACACUCCAACUUUCCACUUCUUUAGAGAUGGUGAACGCGUUGAUGAGAUGUUUGGUGCUGGUGAAGAAAGGCUGCAUGAUCGCCUCUGGCUGCAUUCUGAUUCUUAAUCUUGCAAAUUUCAUCAUCUCCUUUAUUCAACUUGUACUAUGUAAACUUUAAACAAAUUUAAAACAAAUCUGAUGAUGCUAUUAUUGAAUAAUGUUGAUAAACACAGCUUUUGUAACUCAAUUCAACAAGUUCAGUAGAUAAAAAUGGUUCAAAGAUUACAUAUAACAUAGGCUUCUCCAUCAAUACCAAAAAUAAAAAACAUUAAAACCCCUAAACAUAAAAACAUAAAAAAACACAAAACAAACAACAUUCAACAAAACGUAUCAUCUUUUCAAGUGUCUGUCGUCCACCUUUUGGCAAGUGGCAAAAGAAUCAUCACAUUCUUCUGAAACCGUUACAAAUCAAGCUUUAGGCUUGAGAACCUUAACAGUCUCCCAGGUGAAGUCAGGAUCCUCACGACCAAAAUGUCCAUAAGCAGCAGUCUUCUGGUACCUAAAGUUUCCACCUCUCUUCAAAUCAAGGUUGAUAGCCAUCAUCCCUGGCCUGAAGUCAAAGUU